AUGACCCCUAAUCAGCUCGACAUUGACACCUGCGAUAAAAGAUGCGGCCUCCACGAGUAUAGUCUCAUCAGCGGAAACCUGCACGCGCUGCCCUUCGAAUUCCUCGUCAACUGCGCCAAGCAAAUCAUUGAAAUCACCAGCUGGACGAGAACGAAAGACAAGCGUUGUAUCUCCAAGGGAACCUCCCUUAUAAGGUGCGACGGGACGCUGGUGCUAUCUCUCAACAUUGAUACUAGAUCAAUUAGUCGCGUCGUCUCAGAUGGUGGCGUCUUCGAGUUCCCUGGCCGCGUUGCAACCGAAAUGCUCUUGGAUUGGCACUUUAGUCGGUCCAAGUGGAUAAGGAAAGGCCCCGUCGCGGAUACCAAUGUGAUCAAUAAUGUAUUGGACCUUCCGAGUGUUCUGGAGCUUCUUGAGAGCUUGCAUGUGAAUGCAAGCCUCAAUAUCUCUCCAGUACUGGAAAAGCUGAGCACCAUGCCCACCAAAGACCUCCUCUUAUGA